AUGCCAAACCAACCUACUCAGAUCCACGAAGACAACCCCUCCUCCCCUCCCCCCUCAUCCUCCACAACAAUAACAACAACAACAUCAACCUCCUCAAUCAACCCCACAACCUCCAUCCUCACCCCCCACCAAAACACCCUCCUAUCCACCUACCUCCAACACCACCGCGCCGAAACCCAAUGCAUGAACCUACUCGUCUCCCUGGACAUAAGCAUAAGGCGCGAGCGCGACGAGCCAGGGAUACGGCAUCUAGAGCGGUACAUGGCGAGGGUGAGGCUACGGUUGGUGGGGGUGAGGGAGGAGAGGCGGAGGGCGGAGGCAAGGAUUGAUGCGGAGGUGGAGAGGUUGAAGGGUGUAAGGGGUGUGGAGGCGAGGAUGCAGGUUGAGGAGGUUAGGAGGGUGGUGGGGAGGGAGAGGGGGAGGGGAGUGGAGUGUUUGCGGUAG